AUGACUUUUAAUACACGUUUAACUACCCCAGGUGGGUUAAAUCCCACCCAUGGCGAUGCCAUGGCUAAGCCCCACCGUACUCUGGGGGGGGGGGGCCAAACUCAUGAGAAAGAGAAGGAGGAGAGAGGAGUAGGAUGUGGAGAUGUGAAGGAGAAUGCAAGGGACGAGAGCGAGAUGUCCAACCGGAGUACGCCUGUCCCUCUCAAAGAGUGUAGAGUAGUCUUGGUGCGAACUCCACUACCCUCAUCGAGUCCAAAUAACAUCAUAGUAGACCGAGAAGUUGAGGCUAUUACCGAUAUCGAAACAAAUAUUGGACGACAAAUGAUGGAGGCCAGUCUGGAGACGAGUUGUGAGAUGCUCAGCGCUGACGCAUCGUAUGCCUCCAUCAACUCACCACAUGUACAAGGACGACCGGCGCGAUUCUUUCGUCGGAAAAGAAGGAAGGUAGAAUGUAGUUCUAGCGACACUGGAACCCCUCACUCGACGAGAAAGUCCCGGGCUGCCUUAACUAAACUGCAACGAGUAGAACGGGAGAAGAGGACUGAAGCGGAAUUGCUAGAGGCGACUCCCAGUCCCCCAACAAGAAUAAGUAGUACAGCGCAAACGGAACGGCUCGCUGACCCAAAGGUGAGGAUUGAGGCCAGCCUCGCCGCCGUGGAUAAAGUCGCCCGAAAUUCGAGCAACCUAAAGGGCACCUUUGUGUCAGCGCUUAAACAGGCGGUAACCUCAAUCCGCAGAGACGCCGAAGAGCUAGCUGACCGUACAGUCAGCGAGGAGACGAGGGCGCUCCGAAACGAAAAUGAGAGGCUUCGUGGACAGGUGGAAGCACUUCAAAAGGAAAUGGCUGAGUUGAGAACCCUGAUCCAAGAGUGUUCCAGGAAACCGGUGCAUAAAGAGCAACCACGGAAAUCCUCACCAUCUCCGCAGCUACCACAACUUUUGGCCGAGCUAGAAGGUCGUUUAAUGAGACAAAUGGGCGAAUGUCUUAGUGCGAGACUCGCCAACCUGGAGCCUCGCCUAAAUGCGGAACCAAAAAUUCGACCACCAUUAGCAGCGGAUCCGAUUACAACUGGGGACUCUACGCCGAAGAGCAUAGGAGGAGACUCGCUAGAGCAGAAGCGGAAGACUUGA